AUGUGCGACAGUGCGGGAGGGGACCCCAGUCCGGAUCCCGGCCGCUAUGCCAGCCUCUUUUCCCUCGGCGCGGAGCAGGCUGUGGCGUAUGCGCGGUUCAGGCCCAUGUAUCCCGAACGGCUGUAUGAUGAGAUUUAUGACUUCGCCAAGCUGCCGGUUUACGAAGCGGCGCUGGAUGUCGGCACGGGAAGCGGCCAGGCGGCGCUGGCGCUGGCGAGGAGGUUCGAGCGCGUCGUGGCGACAGACCUCAACGAGCGGCAGUUGGCCCAGGCCCCGACGGUGGAGAAUGUGACCUACCGCCAAGGAACGGCAGAGACACUGGACUUCGCAGACGACACUUUCGACCUCGUGACCAUCGCUCAGGCGCUGCAUUGGUUCGACCUGCGCCGCUUCUACGCCGAAGCGACGAGGGUCCUGAAGCCACACGGGACCCUGGCGGCGUGGGUGUACGAGCGGACGUUCUUUGACGGCAACCCGGCGGCAAACGAAGCCAUGCACGACAUUCUGACGCGCAAAUUGGGACCUUACUGGGCUGACAAAUGCGAUUUGGUGCACAAGCG